UCAUCAUAAGCCUUAUAACCAAUCAUCCAAAAACAUUGCUAUUCUGACCGUUCUGCAUGUUCCUCGCAUCAUUCAAAAGCUUCUUACCACAACAUAAAACCAUAAUAUUGGACAAUCAUCAAAUUCUUCGUACCAAUAGACAAUAUUGAAUUGAUUGCUCUCCUUAGACAAAUGAGUAGGGAGCGUAAGGUCUACACUUUUGCUGAUGUAUCUCAGCAUAAAACCUAUAAUGAUUGUUGGCUUAUCAUUGAUGGCAAGGUUUACGAUGUCACGAAAUUCUUAGAUGAUCACCCCGGUGGAGGUGAUGUGGUUGUGUCUUCCACAGCAAAAGAUGCAACCGAUGAUUUUGAGGAUGUUGGUCAUAGUAAGAAUGCAAGAAAAAUGUUGAAUGACUACUACAUAGGAGACAUUGAUUUGUCCACCAUGAAAUCUGUUGGGGCUAAGUCUCCUCCAUCUUCUAAACAUGCUCAACCACCUCAAUCGUCAACAAGGACAUCAUCAUCAUCAUCAUCAAACUUAACUGCCAAGAUCCUCCAGUUUUUGAUUCCCUUGAUUAUCUUGGGUUUGGCAUUUGGUGUUCGUUUCUACAAGAAAUCAGAAUAAGCAAUACUAAAAUGGCACUUUGAAUAGAUAUGGUUGAAAAUAAUAUUUUUUGUUUUUAACUAAACGUGAAAGUCUUUCUUUUUAUUUUUAAAAUUUGUUUUGAACUGCAAUUACCGGGAAGCAAUAUGUAUGUAUCACUCAUGUUUUUUCACUAUCAAUGUUCAGCUUCCUUAUUCUCCAGUCUUACUCUGUUACUAAUAUGCUACUAGAAUAGUCUACGUUGUCCACAGUUCUAGUAGUAUGUACAAGAUUUUAGGAUGUAUGUGUAUAUGUUUCUACUAGAAUAAAUAUUGGAUGUUUCCA